CUGGCCUGUUCUGUACUUGAACUGCCAGCAAAUUUCACCUCCCGCUUGCCAUUCAACAUCAUGGAUGAUCUGCACAGUGAACACCAGCGCAUACUGCGCCGCCACCAACGCGAGAAGAAGGAGCUGCAAGCCCAGAUCCAGAGCUUAAAAAACUCGGUCCCCAAGACCGACAAGAAGAAAAGAAAGCAGUUACUCCAAGACGUGGCCCGCAUGGAGGCCGAGAUGGCGCAGAGGCACCGGCAAGAGUUGGAGAAGUUUGAGGAUGAGAGGAGCUUUGAAUCUGUCAUCGAAGACCUGGCCAAGAUGGAUCUGGAAAACCAGCCUCCCCGCUCCCACAAAGCCCAGAGAAAGCGUGAGAGAAUGGAGGCGCUGGAGAGAGGGCACCAGGGGAGCAACUUCCAGGCUGAGAUGGAGCACCUGGCGGGCUUCCGGCAUGAGGAGGAGGAGAAGGUCGCCGCCAUCCUGGGGGCCAGGGGUCUGGAGAUGAAACAGAUCCCAGCAGAUGGCCACUGCAUGUAUCGCGCCAUUCAAGACCAGCUGGUGUUCUCCACGUCGGUGGAAAUGCUGCGCUCCCGCGCCGCCAGCUACAUGCAGCAGCACGUCGACGAGUUCCUGCCCUUCUUCGGCAACUCCGAGACCGGCGACUCCUUCGGCUACGACGACUUCAUGAGCUACUGCGACAACAUCGUGCACACCACAGUAUGGGGAGGCCAGCUGGAGCUUAGGGCCCUGUCGCACGUCCUGAAGACCCCCAUCGAGGUGAUCCAGGCCGACUCGCCCACCUUGGUCAUCGGGGAGGAGUACACCAAGAAGCCGAUCAUCCUGGUCUACCUGCACUACGCCUGCACCCUCGGGGAGCACUACAACUCCGUGAGGCCAGUCCAAGCCGAGGCCGCCGGGGGCGCAGCGGCGCCCCCGCGUCUCCAGUAAGCCCAACCGCGUCACCGUCGCCGCAUCUCCUCAGUAGGCUCAGUUUAUUUUCCCCCUUUGCUUUUCACUGGGUUUUUUUCCUUCCUUUUACUCAAAACUGCCCCCCCCCCCCACUUUCCUACCCUGCUGCAUUCACAAGGUGGGAAAUGAAAUUCUAGGGAAAUUCCCUGGCAAUAUGAGGGAAAUCUCUGCAUUGCACCACCAGAGGAGCAUAAGUUUGAUAAAUUUAACCUCUUCUAGUCCUUAAGAGUCUUUACCUCCCUCACAGACUAAGAAUUGGUCAUGUUGAGCAUAACUUAGGAUAAAAAAUGGAAAUGCUGGCCGGGCGCGGUGGCUCACACCUGUAAUCCCAGCAAUUUGGGAGGCCGAGGCGGGCGGAUCAUGAGGUCAGGAGCUUGACACCAGCCUGGCCAACAUGGCAAAACCCUGUCUCUACAAAAAAAUACAAAAAUUAGCCGGGCGUGGUGGCGGGCGCCUGUAAUCCCAGCUGCUCGGGAGGCUGAGGCAGGAGAAUCGCUUGACCCGGCAGGCAGAGGUUACAGUGAGCCGAGAUCGCACCACUGCACUCCAGCCUGGAAGACAGAGCC